GCUCCUCUCCAUGGGCUUCCCCAGAGCCCGCGCACAAAAAGCCCUGGCAUCCACAGGAGGAAGAAGUGUUCAGGCAGCAUGUGACUGGUUGGUUAUUCUCCCACGUCGGUGACCCCUUCCUGGAUGACCCCCUGCCCCGGGAGUACGUCCUCUACCUCCGCCCCACCGGCCCCUUAGCACAGAAGCUCUCCGACUUUUGGCAGCAGUCGAAGCAGAUCUGCGGGAAGAACAAGGCGCACAACAUCUUCCCCCACAUCACCCUCUGCCAGUUCUUCAUGUGCGAGGACAGCAAGGUGGACGCCCUGGGGGAAGCCCUGCAGACCACGGUCAGUCGCUGGAAGUGCAAGUUUUCAGCCCCGCUGCCCCUGGAGCUCUAUACCUCCUCCAACUUCAUCGGCCUCUUCGUGAAGGAGGACAGCGCCGAGGUCCUCAAGAAGUUCGCAGCGGACUUUGCCGCGGAGGCUGCGUCCAAGACCGAAGUACACGUGGAACCUCAUAAGAAGCAGCUGCACGUGACCCUGGCUUACCACUUCCAAGCCAGCCACCUACCCACCCUGGAGAAACUAGCCCAGAACAUUGACGUCAAGCUCGGGUGUGACUGGGUGGCAACUAUAUUUUCUCGGGAUAUCCGAUUCGCUAACCAUGAGACGUUACAGGUGAUCUACCCCUACACCCCUCAGAACGAUGACGAGCUGGAACUGGUCCCCGGGGACUUCAUCUUCAUGUCUCCAAUGGAGCAGACCAGCACCAGUGAGGGCUGGAUCUACGGCACGUCCUUAACCACCGGCUGCUCUGGGCUCCUGCCUGAGAAUUACAUCACCAAGGCCGACGAGUGCAGCACCUGGAUAUUCCACGGUUCGUACUCAAUCUUAAAUACUUCAUCGUCCAACUCUCUCACGUUUGGGGACGGAAUCUUGGAGAGGCGGCAGUACGAGGACCAGGGACUGGGAGAGACGACGCCCCUGACCAUCAUCUGCCAGCCCAUGCAGCCUCUGAGGGUCAACAGCCAGCCUGGCCCUCAAAAGCGAUGCCUCUUUGUGUGUCGGCACGGUGAGAGGAUGGAUGUCGUGUUUGGGAAGUACUGGCUGUCCCAGUGCUUUGAUGCCAAAGGCCGCUAUAUACGCACCAACCUGAACAUGCCUCAUAGCUUACCUCAGCGGAGUGGUGGUUUCCGGGAUUAUGAGAAAGAUGCUCCAAUCACCGUCUUUGGAUGCAUGCAAGCAAGACUCGUGGGUGAAGCCUUAUUAGAGAGUCACACGGUUAUUGAUCACGUCUAUUGUUCCCCGUCCCUACGCUGCGUUCAGACUGCACACAAUAUCUUGAAAGGUUUACAACAAGACAAUCACUUGAAGAUCCGUGUAGAGCCUGGCUUAUUUGAGUGGACGAAAUGGGUUGCCGGGAACACGUUACCUGCGUGGAUACCUCCGUCCGAGUUAGCUGCAGCCAACCUGAGUGUUGAUACAACCUACAGACCUCACAUUCCAGUCAGCAAAUUAGUGGUUUCGGAAUCCUAUGACACUUAUAUCAGUAGAAGUUUCCAAGUAACAAAAGAAAUAAUAAGUGAAUGUAAAAGUAAAGGAAAUAACAUUCUGAUUGUGGCCCACGCAUCUUCCCUUGAGGCAUGUACCUGCCAGCUUCAGGGCCUGUCACCUCAGAACUCCAAGGACUUUGUACAAAUGGUCCGAAAGAUCCCAUACCUGGGAUUUUGUUCCUGUGAAGAAUUAGGAGAGACGGGAAUAUGGCAGCUGACAGAUCCGCCCAUCCUGCCCCUGACCCAUGGACCAACUGGGGGCUUCAACUGGAGAGAGACCUUGCUCCAAGAAUGAACCACAGGGGUGAAUGAGAAGAAAAGGGCUUAUGGAGAUGUGUCUUUUUGUUGUGUUCAGUAACAGUGGGAAAAUCUCCACCACACUCCAACCGGACAGCUCGGAAUAAUUUAGCAUAUUUCCUUUCAUGCUUAAAGUGCUUAUGAUGAGACCGUAAAUGAGAAAAAGACUUGAUUCAGAAGGAAAAAAAAAUUGUUCUCUCUGGACUCUUGCCUAGCUAACAAGGCUUUGGAGAAUCGUCUUCCUGAAUCCAGGCACCUGCUGCAGCAGAGGACCUUUCUGCCUUCCACCUAUGCACGGCUGAGAAGUCUCACUCCUCCCAAAGGGAGCGGCUGGCCCACUGCAAGGGCUGCAAGAGGAAAGUGUAUGCACAGAAUCCCACCUGGGGAGCACUGAGCUGCCAGUUUGGGGAUGGAAUUUUCUUUUGAACUCCAUUUUCCAGUUAGGCAGAGCCAAGCUGAGGAAUCCUUUAAAGGUUAUCAGAAUACAUGCCCUGAAGAGAGUUGUUCUUAAGUUAAACAUCAAAUUCCACCCUCAGUCGACCCCGUACACCAGUGUCACUGGCUCAAGACACCUGCUUGAGGAUGCUAACAUUUGCGUUGGUACGGCCACAUUUUCUCUACAGCGGCUGGCCCUUCUUGCUACAGCCUGUCCCCUUUGCUUCUGUCUGUGAAAUGGGGAGACAAAGCACUUUUGGAUACUCAGGAGGAAGAUAUGAUAAAGGUGUGAAGUAUUCAAUCAUAGACGCAGAGAACUUGCAAAACAUAAAGUGACUUGGAAUUACCCGUAUUGUAGCCUAAUGAGCCACUGCACUUCUAAAUCACCAUUAUUUGUUUGCCUUUGCCCCUAGACUCUAGACUACGUUAUCUAGUUAAGGAUUUUGACCUUUUGAAGGGAUGUAUAUUAGAUACAUUACUUGAGUUAGCAAGAAGCUCAUUCUGUGCAAUAUGGACAUCUUUACAAACCAUUUCAAGGGGCAGUUUGUUGGACACUUACAGUACCUGUCAAACACAACAGAACAUCCACAAAUGCAUCAGUUAUACCAGGGAUGUAUAAUGAAGUCAGGGAACUAAUUUAAAUGCUGACAGUCACGACUGCACUGCUACUUGUGCUAUUGGUUUUUGUUUGUUUUUCUAUGGUAAUUUAAAAUAUAUAGGUAGGGCUAUUUAGAACAUUUGAAAAGCCACAUCCUGUGGUUUCUCAAUACACCUACUUCCUGCAUUUAGAGGGAGUUUAUUUAAAAGAAAAAUAAAUGACAAUCAAACCAAUACAGCAGUUAUCAACGUCCAUUUAAUUGUGUGACUGGUAGACUAUUAAUGGCCACAGACAAAGGUCUGGUAUGGUAUAGUUCACUCUGUAGAAUAUGUGUGCAAAGUGAAAUCACAGCCAUUUAGAGAGAACAUUAGUUAGUGUAAAACAGAUCUAUAUAUGUUGUAGCAACAUGGAAUAAAUUUCAAAACCCAGAUGCAUAAAACAUGGUAUAUAAAAAUAGAUCUAUGCUUGUUUUUAAAACUGGAAUUUGAUGGGCCCCUGGACAGAAGAGGAAGUGAAAAGAUGCUGGCUGUAUAUGUUAAUCAGCAAAAGGAGUAUGGAUGUAUUUUUUUAAGUCACUUAGAGGGAAAUAUGUCAUGAAUUUUACAUUUUAAGACACAGAUCAUGGUUUCUUUUAACAUUGCACAAACAAGUGACCCAGCUUCUGGGUAUGGAAAUACCCCUGUGCUGACAUGUUUAUAUAAAUGUUUUAGCUUUAAAGUGUUUUUUUUGGGGGGGAAGAUUACUCCCAUUAAAGAUCUUAAGUGAAAAGUCACGUUACAGCUAAUGUAAUGUCGAUACCAUUCAUUCUUCUGGUAUUUGAAAUGAAGCAAAUCCACUGUUUAAUUAGAUCUAUUAUCUUUAUUAGGUACAUAGCAAAUUUUUGUGGGCUCUGAGUGCUUGGAAUAAUGCUUGAACACCUCACAUCAGAUCUCCUUGAAACUGUAGCCGUGUGUUCUUGGCAGCAUCAGUACUUGUAGAAAAUACAGCCCAGAACUGGCUCUCGGCUCCUUCUCUCGCAGUUGUCUUAGUGCUGUGAUGAUCUGAUAAAUCGGUUUCACUGAGCUACAAUUCCUUGUCCUUAGUCCAAUAUGGACACGACCUUAGGCAAUGGUCUAUGUGAGCAAAAGGAGGCAGAGAUCUGAAAUAAUAUUCUGAAUAAUUAAGUGCAGGAAAGAGUUUAUGCCUAGGCUUUAAUUAUCCAAAUUACUUAUCAAAAUGGCCUGAAUGAUCAGAAUUCCCAUUAAAUUCUCAUGGCACAUUUACCUAUUUAAGAAACUAAACUUGGACUGCAACUGAGAAAUGUUUUGGAAAUCACAUUGAAUCCAUGUAUAACAGAGGAAACAGACAACUCUGUUACCCGAUUUUAUAUCAUCCAAACGUACUAGGUUGAUAUUACAACCUGAAGUUGAGGCUGGUUUUUUUUUUUUUUUUAUCUAAGCCAAUGCUUAUUAGAAUAAAUGAUGUGUGGGGAGUGGAGAGAGAAGGAAGGACAAGAAAGGAAGGGAAUGCCAGUUUAGAAUCAAAUGGUUUCUGGUAUCGAGAAAUUUUUUUUUUUUUAAUGUAGAAAAUUAUCUGAAAUAAACUAGGUGACAUGAAAUUACCUGGAGGAUUUAAUCUGGGAUUGAAAGUCUGGAACAGUUUCCUACUUCAAAAGUAUGCCACAUUGAUCUGCUAAUGCUCCAGUAUUAUUAUUCAUAGAUAGGACUUUGCUUUCCGUGAUUUUAAAAUGCCACAUCCAUUCCUCCUGGUCCUCCGUGGACUAGAAUAAUUGGCACAUUUUAAUGCAUAAGCUGGGGGUUUCAGUUUCCCAGGCUCUCUUCACCAUUGCUGCGUUGGUAGCUAGGAGCUUACUGCUUCACCCCAGUAUGGAGUUCAGAUUACAGUGUUCCCUGUCACAUUCAGAUUUUAGAAUCUGAAUGGCUGAUUAAAUGGCCAUGUGAUGGCUGAAAGAGGGGGUAUUUUUCACCCUGUAGUGAAAGGCUUGGAGGAGUUUCUCCUUUUUAUUUUAAUUAUACUUUAACCAAAGAAUUAUUUUAAAGUAAGCUUAUAUUUGAAAGAUGAUUUUGCAAAAAAAUAAAAUAAAAAUAAAAACUAUAUCUUCUGGAAUGAUGUCAGUUUGUGAUGAUCAUUGUUGAUGACUUUCUUGUUAGUGGUAUUUGGAGUGCAUAUAGAUUGUCUUCCCAUUGUGCCAACAUUACCAUAAAUGUGUCUUUUCCACUCAACUAGCUGUAUUCGUAUUAAAAUGAAGUCUCUUAUUUCAA